CGUCACAUGUGAACGCGGCUCAGAAAAUGAAGGCGGCAGGGGACACACGUUGCACAGGAGGAGGAAGGUGCAGCGGCCUUGACCCUCCGAUCGCCGGCAAAUGACCGCAUCAAUACCUCGUCGACUUGACUUGACUAGUGAGCUCGUGCCGUUGUGCUCCUCGAUUGUAACCCGCUGCCCCUCCCCGUCACCAUACACUAACACUGUUGCUCUGUCGAAUACUAAACAGUCCUCCUCUCAACAGCAGCAACAACACCGCUCCCUCCACCACCGACCAAGAUCCCGCGGCGUCGCCCGCUGCACCCAACACGCCGCUUCCCCCUUCCCUGGCCAAGCAAUCAGGUUUCUAGCUUUGUACCUGCAUGACCCCUUCUCUUGUUGCUGCACUUCAGCUCGACUCCCUCGCUACCGACUCGCACACCGCACAUCCGCAACAUGGCUCAAGCUGUCGCCUCGCCGCAGUCCCCUGGUUCGUUGCCUAAGAGGCCGAAGGGUAUCCUCAAGAACUCGAGCUCCUACCAAUACACAUCGCCAGACGCGCGCACCAGUCCCACUUCCGAGCACCGACCCAGCUUCAGCAAUAACGAUGGCGCAGCCGAUGGGUCGCGUCCCGCGAUGCCAGCACGCGAGCUGUCCGAGAAGGAAAUCGUCCAGAUGAACACCGAGGCCAACGCAGGUGGACACCGACGCUCCAGCAGCUCCGGCCAGCGCGCAGGCUUAGCUCGACGCCAGUCUUCGCAGACAGAUGCCACAACAAACGGACACAGUCAUCAAGAUAGCGACCAGCAGAGACUGAAGUGGGACGAGGCCAACCUCUACUUGAACGAAGGACAGAUGGGUGGUAAGAUGAAGAUCGACGAACCCAAGACGCCAUACGCUGGUCGCUACGAUCCGACUGAGGACGAAGACGAGAUCGAAACCAUCAACGCUGAAGAGCUCGCGGUAGAUGAGUUGGACAUGAAACCACGUGCCCGCAAGGCCUCCGGAUCCCGUGCCAAGGAGCGCGACAUCCCCGACAUCGACCUUGGCGAGCCAGAGAUGGACCCUGCCUCACGUCGAGAAAGCGAUUCAGAGCGUCGUGUGCACGUUGACCAAGACAAGGUCGACAAUGACGAGGGAAAUCACGGCGAGCAGAACGAGGCAGACAUGACUCAUGAAGAGCGUGAGAAACACCAAAAGUUUGAGCAAAUGCGCAAGAAGCAUUAUGAGAUGAAGAAUAUCAAGAACUUGCUGGGCCACCCCGAGGAACUUGACCGGCUCGAUGACGAGUAGACGAGGUAACGAGUAUAACGAAGCAUAGCAUUGGGCAGGAAACAUCGGAAUCGACGCUCUGCGAUUCAGCAGUGUCGCGGCGUUUAAAGUUGGCAUUCGAAUUGGCGUAGGGAAUCUCGUCAGAGCACAAGGAUCUGAUGCACUGGCAUUACAUGAACUGUAGUAUGACCAUUUUCGGCUCUCAAUGGAAACAGUCGGAAUACAGACUUUAUCGAUUCGCGGACGAAUGGCGCUUUUGUGGAGGAAUGGAUGCGAUUAUUACCGUAGGUUCUGGGGUGCAUCAUGCGCUGACCUGCAUGUGAAGGUCUUGGAUCGAGAUCAUUUCCUUCGCCCAACUGCAGCCCUCUCGAU